AUGGCGACCAAGCAGAAAAGCACGUGCCAACUGCGUCUGGAAGCCCGUUCGCGCGCCUCGUGCGCUCCCCCAGACGCCUCCUCGGACGUCCAGCGCCGAGCCGCCGAGCUGCGGUCGCGUAUCGCCCGCGCCAAUGAGAUGCGCGCGCUCCACACGCGACAACUGGCGGCGCGCGCGCGUGCGCGCGUGCAACACGCGCGAGAGGUCGCCAGCGGGAUGCGCGCCAAGCGACACGAAGAGACGCGGCGGUUUCAUGACUCGUCUGUGUUGAAGUUAGACGAGGCCGCCCGUCGACGUGACGACCAGCGGGCGCAACUUCAACGUCAAUGCCAACAGCGCGCGCACUCGAUCUCGGCGAAACUCGAACACGUGCGCGCGGAACAGAGCGACAGGGCGCACCGCGCGCGCUGUACACUCGCCGUGCAACUGGCCAGAGCCGCGUGCCGUCGCCACGAACAGACGCAACGCCGUGUGUACCGUCUGCACCAGCGCUGGCAGAGCGUGGCGAGCGUGAAAGACCGCGUGGCGCGCGUGAAGCUCAUCCAGCAGUGGGUGCGUCGCCACAUGGCGAGUCGCGUCGCAGUUCGAGCGCUGCAGCAAGUGCAACCCGACGUGGACAAAGUCGUGGCGUGCUGGCAGUCGAUGGAACGCGCAUCGUUGGACGCGUGCAUGCGCAAGUUGCAGCAACGAGGGGUAGGGCAAGCCGCCCAGCGACUGGUGACCGGGUUGUUGGCUCGAGCGCAAGACAGCGACUGUCGAAAACAGAUGGAAACGGGGCAAAAACAGGCCACAACAGGCAAUGGACUGGUUUUGUCGGAUCCGAAACGGCGCACGAUCUUUCGCGUGUUGCUGAUGGCGGGACUACUGACGAGUCACUCGCGCGAGGUCAUGGGCCACCGCCCGUCCAAGCGCCUGUACUAUGCCGCGCAGACGGUCGUCCUGCACGUGAAGCAGCUGGCGCUGUGUCUUGCAGCAGAAGGACCGCCGCCGCAGCACACGCGGAACGUGACGCAGUGUGUGUCGGGACUGACGGCGCGCUUGGCGUUCUACGCCGAGACAUUUCUGCGCUGGAAACAACGAGACGCGGACGACUUAGCCGCCGAGUUAGUGACGUCGUACGGCGCGUUGCUGGCGGUGCGCGCUAAGUACGAAACAGCAGCGCGUAACGCGGGCACCGCAGCAGACGGAGCGCAGGAGCUCGUGCGACAGACAGGCGACCAGUUGACGCACGUGCAGACGGCACUGGCGAAGGUCGUGGGACGAGAGGACGCCACGCGGCGACUGGACGCGCUGCAGCAGUGCGUGGAACAGGUCGGAAACGGACGUGGGGCAGCGCUCGUGGAGGCAGACGGCUCGCUGCAGAGCACGGAGGCGUUGGGUGAUGCAGUUAUGACUGAGCGUGGAGACGGGACGUCGCUUUUGUUGCCGUCGAUGAACGCAGAGGGUGCAGAUGGAGGGAGUCAGACUCAGAGUCAGAAUCAGAAGGACGUGGACCGAGACGGAACUGACGUGGGUGAUGAUGAUGAUGAUGAUGAUGAUGAUGAUGAUGAUGGAGCUACAGACAGAGACGGGAACGACGUAGGUGAUACUGAUGGAGCUGAUGCUGGUCGUGUACGCUCGUUGGGGUUCCGUCCGGCGCUUCUCGCCGAUCGAGGGCUCGUCCAUGAGUUGAUAUUGAACCCACAGUUUCAGAUCCUACGAGACGGAGAGGUGGAGUCGUCUGCGGCAGCAGUGGCUGUCCGUGUGCGGGCAGCGAUGACGAGAGCCUUUUGGGACCGCGUCAUCGCAGCGGAUGACGUUGAGGUGUUACUUGCGCGUACAGAAGAGCUGCGCGUGGCGUUCCGAGAUGCGUUGGAGAGCGGGAGCAGCGCUGGCUUACGGGCCGGACUGGCAGCACUGGCAGACGAGGUGGACGAUGCUCUUCAUGUGGCUCACCUUCGAGCCCUGAUGCAGGACCCUGUGGCACAUGCGUGUGCGAUUCACGCGCGGUGCAAUGCUGUCCUCGAUGCGAUCAAGCGAGCAGAAGCACCGGCGCGAGCUGCGAGUACGCGUGAGUUUCGGUCUGACUGGACUCAGCGGGUUGCAGCUGGUGCGAUGACGCCUGCCGAGCUGUUGGUCGCGUUUCUCACGUUUGCAAUGGACAAGGUGGACGAGCUGCGCAGCGAUAUGCUCAACGCUCACCUCGGACUCCUGGGUGCAUUUCUGCAACGACAUGGCGUGGAGUACGAACAGAAGCAGCUUCAGACGCGACUGUCAGGAGCUGGAAGUUUGGAUGCACAGUUUCCGUUGACGGUCAAAUGGCUGACCAUGGAGCUCAAGACGUAUCUGGCCCGGCCAGACGUUGACGAAGCAGAGCGUGCUUGUUUGGCUCGUUACAACGGUGAAGCAUUCCAGCGUUUCCUGCGCGCAAGUACCUGGGCGUUGGUGGACAAGUACGUCGAGGACGCCCCACUCAAUGUCUGGCCCGAGACGUUCGAACUGGAUGUGGAGCGCAUUCGUGCAUGUCGCAACGCGCGUGACUGUGUCGCAGUCAUUUCGAGUCUUCUUACGGUGGUGCAGGAGUACGUCGCUCGUCGCCAUCUGUCGACACCCGUCGGGUUUUUCGACCGCGUGCGGCAACAACUGGGCACGUUGCUGCGGUCACAUGGAGUUGCAGGCGCGCAGCUCGCUGCUCAAGCGACGCAGUGUGUCCGUCAGCUGGAGCCUCUGAGCAGUGAGGAAACCACACGCGAGUUGCAGGCACUCGAGCAGCGGCUGUCCGGUUGUUUUGCUGCCGACAAUGCCGUGUUCCAGCUGUUUGUCUCGCGCGCCUCGCGUGCUUUCGAGUUGGCGUUGCAAGCGGGUGCCGCAGCGGCCACUUUGCACCCGUCACUGGCUCCUCUUGCCACUGAUAUCAGCGAAGCCGCGUCAGCGUUGCGCCGUCUCGCUCAGCAUAACGAACGCGUGUACGCGUCGCUGUACAACCUCAUUAUCAAGCGCCUCAUGUCGCCAUCGCCGUCGCCAAGUGCAGCAGCAGCAGCCACGUAA